CCGGCCCCCUCAGCGCCCUCAGGGCCGCGGUCCCUCAGCUCCCUCACUGCGGGAUGGCGGCGGCCGGCGGCGUUCGCGGCUCCGAGCUUGGCCCGGGCUCAGCGCCGGGCAGUGCCGGCGACACCUCCCUCCUCGGCAGCGCCACAACGUGGCCUUUGAAGCGCUAUGGCCGCUUCCUCCCGCCGAGGGACGGUGACGAUGAGGGGCAAAACACCUCAUGGAAGGUGUUUGAAUCAAAUGAAGAAUCAGGCUCUCUUGUCCUCACCAUUGUGGUGUCUGGCCAUUUCUUUAUUUCCCAAGGGCGAACAGUUCUGGAGGGCUUUUCAUUGAUUGAUUCCCACAAGUGGCUCAAGAUAGUGAGGAGAGCAGACUGCCUGCUGCUCCGGGCACAGGGAAAGAACGAGUGCCGCAUGUUCCGAGUGCAGUUUGGUGGGAAUUCCAAGGAGGAGAUGCUGGGACACUGCUGCAGUUGUGUUCACAAACUGUCCGAGUACGUCCCCGUGCAGGGGGCUGAGGAACAGAGCCAGCAGCUGUACCACGGCCUCAGCCAGGACAACCAGGGCAUGGACACUGAGCACGGACCAGAUGAGUCUCUACAAGAUUCCUGCACAAGCCUUGGAGAAAGAAGAUCUGUAGCACAGCUAGCACAGUCCGUGCUGAGGAGGAGGCCCGAGCUGCCCCAGGCCUACAGGCACGUGGUGUGGCCUGCACACGAGCUGGGGCCCUUCAUCCGCCUCUGCCUCAUGGACCAGCACUUCCCAGCCUUCGUGGAAGAUGUGGAGAAGGAAUUGCAGAAACUCACAGAAGGUUGAGAAACACCACUUUGUACCGAGAGAUUAAAUUGUUGAAAAACAAGACCCCUGGGGUUUUUUGUCAGUGUUUUAUUUUUAAAAACAGGUGAAUCCACUUUUUAUACAUCAUUGCACUUCAACAAAUACACAGAACACGAGUUCAUGCAGCUACAGUUACGCACAUCAUGAGAACCCUGGUAGGUCUAUUUCUACAAUCUUUAAAUCAUGAGAAAUUACAGUGUCAAACUAAAGAGGAAUAACUAGUUGCAUAGAAUAUCACCAUGCUGUAACAUUUCAUCAUUUAAACAAAAAAAAAAAAAAAGAAAAUUAUAAAAGUUUGCCUGAAUUGAAUGUACAAGAAUAUGUUGAACACAUCAGUGCAAAAGGAUUUGAGAAUUUACAUGAGUUAACAAAAAAAAAAAAAAAAAAAAAAAAUCACUUAAAAAGCAAUCAUAUAUAUAUAUUUAUAAACUGAAGGUUUGUUUUUGUUUCCAACUGCAUCCCACCACCACCACCCCCUGGAACCAUCCCAGCUCUGCCGCCCAGGACACCCCGUGCUCCGCAGUUAAGCCCUUAAGGUAAUUCCAAAGUCUCCCUUGUCCCAGUGCCAGCCCGGCAUCGCUCUCUCCUCCCAGCCAUACAGUAAGGAAUGAAUAUCAGCAGCUUCAAAAUGAACCACAAUGACUUCUGGUUUCCCCCUCCCCCCCCCCAAUAUAAAUAUAUACUGUAUAUAUUUUUAAGUUCUGCUGUACUUUACAAAAGAAGUCUCACUAGAUGGCAGCGGUGCGGUUUGAGCGGUGCCAAAUUUAACAGCUACAGGAAGUAAAAAAUGGCGCAUGCGUGAACCCGCCUGGCUACU